AAUAAUAAUAAGCGAAUUUAAAUGCACCGAACAAAUUAACGUAUCAAGUCCCUAUCCAGUACAUCGCGCCUAAUAAUAAAAUUAAAUUUAACGACAUUUGAACCGAAAUUUCACUGGUGUAAGCUUAAACCAAUUAAAUAUGGAAAAUAUAAAUAUAAAACAAAUUAGCGAGGACGAGCAGGAAAACGACUAUUGCGUAAUUGUGAACGAUAUAAAGUAUCGGAUAAACCCCAUGAAAGCACAGGUUAAGUUACAAGUGGAUCAACUAUUAGGACUGACCGACUCGCUCAAAAGUGACGUAAUAAAGAUCAUUGAGGAGCACCGGACCUCCCAAGCAUCGAACAUGAAAAACCCCAAACCGGAGGUCAUUUACGUAAAUCUUCAAGAAAGUGACAACGUCUACGUGUUCUUACAUAAACCCGGUGAAAAGACCCCGGACAUUUGUGAAGCAAAGAAGUUCGAAGACUUAAUUAACCCGAAGUUACAACAAAUUGAGCAACCAACGAAGGACAUACCGAUGAAUUCCUUGGCAUUACAUACAUCGGCUCCAUCGAACUUUGAUCCAGAACCUCCAUUUAUGACCCCAAAGACCCCAAGAAGAAUCUGGGUGGAAACAAAGACCCAAUGGUGCCUAAGGGUCACGUCCUGGAUAACGUUUAUCCUUCUGUUUAUUGUGUUUGUCGGUGUUAUUGUUUAUUUUGGUGUUUUUAAUGAUGAUGAUAAUAGUAGUAAUUGAAGACUUGUU